AUGUCGGUUGCGUACACAACACUUCUUCUGUUAACACUUGGACUUUAUGCAGCAACCCACAACAUAUGCCCGGCAAACUCAGGUAACAGUACUCACAGUGCUUUUGGUACAAUCAACUACGUUCAACGAGGCCUAUGGCACCAAGUACACUGCCCUUCCUUCCGUCCCGGUGAGGCCAUCAGUCGGGUCAUUUGGUACAAGCAGGAUAGUCCUACAUCUCCUGAGCAAACUUUAAUAACCCACAAACCUAUGGAAGACUACCCUGAGAGCGACAGGUACGGAUUCGGGACGUCUGGUUUCAGCCUCGUUAUUAAAGGUGUGGAGGUUAGUGAUGAAGGAAGGUAUAUCUGCCAAGUCAUACCGCGAGACACAAAAGACCGUGCUGCCCAAAUCUUCAUCAGAGUAAUAGGCGAUACCUUUCCAGGAGGCAGUAGUCAGGUAUCUUCCACAGCUAGUUUCCAUCGAGGACGCAGACAGACGCUACCGUGUGAGUGCGCGUUACAGACACCAGACGUAGUGUAUUGGUCAACGGGAGAGGGCGCCACUAACGAUACACAGAUCGUUGGUGCACGUUUCUCCGAUGGUGUUACCCUGCAGAUCCAACAUGGCGCUGAUUACAGCAUUGGAAGCGACGCUUCACUUACAGUCAACUCCCUGAAUGACGUGCAGGAUACACAGAGAUUCUGGUGUCACGUGUUCCAAUCAGCUGGUACUCUCAGAAAUUGCGACACCUAUACCAAAAUAUCAGAUGAGUUGGAAUCAGCCAGUGAUGCACUGAAGGUCUCGGAAAGAUCUUUCUACUUGAGAAACGACCCGCAGCAGAUACUUCCUUGCCUGAGCUGGACACCUGAUGGCACAGCUUGUGAGGUGGAGUGGAGUAAGCUCGACAACCCAGAUCGACAGAUGCUCAGCUACAACCUGUCGACUGGUGUCGUCGAUUCUAGUCCUGAAUUCGAUCUCGCCAGUGACUUUGGUUUAUUGAUUCAGUCAGUUGAUGAUGACCAUGCUGGAGUGUAUCGAUGUGCUGUGGGAGAUGAAAACCAGACAGAUGUUGAAGUCCGAGUGAUAGGUGAUCGCUUUCCAUUGGACGACGGCAUUGCUACAGAAGGUGACAGCGUGACCUUUAAACCUAAAACUAGGUUUUCUCUUCACUGCCCGGCUCUCUCGGACAUCUCCUUGACAACCAAAGCAACUUUGUUCUGGUCCUUUGGCGCCCCUGAUGCAAAGUUUACCACUGUGAUCGGCACACUGAAUUUGCCAGAUGGUCCCAAGAAGAUGUCUGAUCUGGGAGACAACGGUUGCCUUGACAUAUCAAUGGAGGGCGCUCUGCUCCUUAACGACAGUUUUCAAGACGGUGAAGUAAGGUACUGGUGUCAUGUCUUCCCUGCGAAUGACAGUCUGAUCAGAUCAUACGUGGAGGUGUUCAUAUACUAUCCUGAAUCGUCCUAUAUCGUCGCCAUCGCUGUGUGCGUGCCUUUAUUCGUCAUCGUUUUUGGGAUUGUUGUUUUCCUGAUCUGGAAGCGGCGUCGACGAUCUUCGCAUCACAGAGAAGACAAUGAGAGAGGUGACUACAAACGGCUACAUAAAAAAGAGUCAGUUUGGCAUUUGAGGACACUUGCCAAGAAGAUAAAAGCGUUUGUGAACAGCGAAUUGGGCAGAAUUCCAAUUACACCAUGGGUUGAUAGGGACGAUGCUUGCUUCGCAUCAAUAGAUACAGUCUACAAACCCUUAGAGAUGUUCGUCAAUGUCUCCUACUUAGGAAUCACUGUAAAGUAUCAAUUAGACUCAGAGUCUGGUAUCUUUGAUGAUGGUAUUCCAGAAUUGGCCAGUAAGCAUGCUAUAAUACAAGGUAGACGGGGUUGUGGUAAGACUACUUUUUUGUACAGACUGAUAUGCGACUGGGCCAUGGGAAGGGAACGUGCAUUAUGGGGUAGAGAUCAGAUAGUUGUUCUUGUCCCAGCUUGGUUGCUUAUUAAAGCUAAAACCAUCGGUGAAGCAGUCGUUGAAUACAUGCUUCCAAAAGACGCAAAGAUUUCGGCUGAAUCCAUUAACGCACACUACGCACGAGAUAAAAACAACCUGACGAUUUUGGUUGAUGACUGUAAUGACAAGGACGACAUUGACGCUGUCAUGAAAGUAAUGAGAGACAAUAAUUUUCUUGCCUGUCAAAUAGUUUUGACGACUAGAAACUCAGAGUUUGCAGAAGCUGCGUCACGAAGAUAUAACAUGCGCCAUGUCACCAUCACCGGCUUUACGCGCAGAAAUGCUAUCAAAUACAUCAAUGCAGUUUUGGAUGCUGCUGAAGAAAGAAAGAAAGCUACCCGUGAGCACAAGGCAGUCAAGAGUAAAGCUGAACCUAAAUCAGGAUGGACUGCUGACACAAACACCAAGCAUCUGCCCAGGACAGAAGAGCCUCCAACAGUGUCAUCUGCUCCAGAAACAGAGGAAAGCACUGUCGCAGACACAUUUUCGGAGAAGACAGAGCCACAUAAGACACCUACAACAAACAACAAACGAAAUCUUCAUCGAUAUCUAGAAGAGGACAUUCUUCAACCAGAUAUUUCAGGCCUCCCAGCUGUCUUGGUAGCUCUCUGUCAAAUGUCAAUCUGGACGAAAGAAGAUGCCUUCAAGCCUGACAUUACCAUGGCAAAUUUGUUUUUCAGAUUGGUCAAGUGCAUGUUCGACAGGAGCGAAGGUCUAGAGGUAGGUGUCACUGAGGGAAACCAACUCAAUCUGCUCACGGAAGAACAACAAAACGUACUGGUAGAGAUAGGUAGAGUGGCUUAUUCAAGACUCGUUGACAGUUACGACUUCUUGAGUUCGUCAGAGAAGAGAACAAACGCCGUGGAAGUUGCAAAACAAGUCGGAAUUCUUCUUCCAUUACAGGUUGAGACCAAGGUUAAAUCUACGGAACAAAAUACUAAGGCAGGUUUAUCAGAAGUUGAGAUAAGGACAGGGUUUCUUUGUUGUAAGCGGAAGCAAACUCAACAAAAUGUGGCUGAACGAGUUCCGAUAGGACAGGACACAGAGCUCACCCCUCUGACAAGUCCUAAGGAUGAACAGGUUUGUUUUGUGUUGGAGAUUAUUGAGCAGCUAUGUGUUGCUGUGUUUAUCGCUCGGACCACAGGACAAGUGAAAACAAUGUUAGAAGACACGAAGAUUAGCCACGGGGAGAUUCUCCAGAGAUUUUCAAAUGUAUUCCAGUUUGCUAUUCAGGAUAAUCAGUUUGUCAGAGAAGCUCCUGUUGCUUGUUGUGCGAAGAUCAUCAACAGGGGAUACAGUCAAGUCAGGCCCCUCCAUGCUGUGCAGAAGUUCAUAGAGUUGUGUCUCCAGCUAAAUUUCGAGGGGCAGUGUGAGGGCGCCUUGAACAAGAAGCUGAAAUCGAUCUUUACUGACGGAAGGGUCCGCUUAAUUGGGAUAUCGAGUUACAAACUGCGUCUGUUGUCAUACCUAAUCGAACAUGCCCAGCCUGUAGAUGAGAGCAAGCUGAACAUUAAGUCGGUUGAAUUGCUGCGGAUUGGUAGAUAUGACUGGUCAGAAUUUCAAGAAUACAUUGAAUAUUUUAGUUCUGGGAAAGGGGAACCUGAGAAUAAGAAGAAGAAGGUGGAGAAAACGAUACAGAAGAAAGCUUUGAAAACAAAACCCGAAGACACUCAGCCAUCUACAACUGGAAUCAAACAGGCAAGAGCUCCAUCAACACAGAAAGGCGGCAAGAAACUGACAAGAGAUGCCAUGGAGGUCAAUUCCAGCUUAAACGAGCCUCAGCCAAUUGCAGAAAAGCAACCAAACUCCAAAGCUAACCAAACAACAAUCCCAGAUCCACAAACCGACGUGGAAAAUAAACCAAAACUGGAAGUCCUUCAGUCUUCACCUCCAGUUGUAAGCGACUCAACAAAUGAGGAUUGUGGCAAUGAGAAUAAAUCUAUCGACUUGUCAUUAGAUGAAGCUAUUGCAUCGUAUGAUGUAAUUGAUACUAACAAGGAUCUGGCUGUACCCAUAAAGCUGCAUGAGAGAAUAAUAUCCAGAAACCGAGACAUGCCACAGUUUCCUCCUGACGAGUCAGACAUCAGUGUCUUCCACGCUCUGCAGUCUUUCAGCAUACAAGAGUUAUUAGAGUCACAGGCAGGGGAGUGCUACUCAUCAGGUGCAGCAAGAGACUUGGCUCGCUACCUUCCGCGUCUGGAAAUGCUUGAGAGUUUGGUUCUGGUUGGGACGAUUCUGAGUUCUGACGCUAUUUGUGACUUGGCAAAAAGUGCUCACAAACUCCCAAGCUUGAAAAAGCUGGAUCUCUGUCUGAAUAUCAUGUUCGAUGACAAAGCUUUCGUGGCAGUUACAAAUUUACUGCUACGUCAGUGCAGAAAAUUGCAGGAUCUUAGACUGUCUCUGUACAGAGUAGGUGAGAAUGGGUUUGAUGAAGUUCAGACGGAAAUGAUGAAGAAGGAUGGCGAAUACGGUUGGGGAAAAUUGAAGACAUUGUACCUGCUGCAUGGAUCCCCUUCCGAGAAGUUUAUAGAAUUCCUCAGCAACAGCUUAAAAUACUUCCAUUCUGUUGAAUCUUUUCAUAUUUCGGCGCUUGAUAAAGAACAAAGAAUACAAGACAAUACCCAGGAGAAGUUCGAACAAACCAUGACAAAUCUGAAAAUCAUGCCAAAUCUCCAAGUCCUAGACAUUCGCCGCAUGGAGACAUUGAAUGUAAGAUUGGCUUCUUUGAAACUCCCCAAGAAGGGAUUUGGACUCUUGACAAAGUUCACUGGCCUGAGGAAGAGGUCAGUGAGCGGUAUGGCCGAGUCGGUAGUAGAUACGAUGGGUGGUGCAGCGGGAGUCGUUAUUUGA